AUGUUGACAGUCAACAUGUUACUGAGUGUCUUCUUUCUUCCAGGUGCUUUGGCUGAUUGUCCUGAUGAUUCAGACCUCUUCAUCACUGCACCACUGAAGAUGGAAGCACUGAGUGGAUCUUGUUUGCAAAUCCCGUGUAACUUUAGUGCUAGAGUAGCAACAGAAUUUGAUGGCAGCAGAGAAACAAUUGGAAUAUGGAUGAAAAAUAAUCAUAAAAAAGAGAAUGAAAUUUUCAAAAGUAGUCAGGCUGAUAACCCCUAUCCAAUGAAAAUUACUGGAAACCUGAAAGAGAAAAACUGCACCACUCUAUUUUCCAAUUUAACCACAACAUAUACAGACAUAUACUACUUCAGAAUUGAGAACAGGCCAUUCUUGGCAACAGCUGUUUGUGAUCCUCUUCAUAUAACAGUCACAGAUUCUCCUCCGAGCCCAACAAUUGAAAUCUCAGGUGAGCUGAAGGAGAAGGAGUCUGUCACUAUAACCUGCUCAGCUUUCACUCCCUGUCCACACUCCCCUCCUAAACUCACCUGGAAUCUCCAACAAGACGCUCACAACACAAUAGAGGAGAACACAGAUCGAACCUUUACCACUAAAAUCCAGAAGACCAUCACUCUGUCUGACAAGCACGAUGGAUACACCAUCACCUGUUCUUCCAUCUACUCUGUGAAUGAAGGACACAAUGUUAAGUCAGCAGAGGGAAAAGUGACUCUCAAUGUUUCAUAUGCUCCUAAAAACACCUCAGCAAUGAUCAGUCCAUCAGGUUUGGUGUCACCAGGUAGCUGGGUGAACCUGACCUGCUCCAGCAGAGCCAAGCCUGCCGCCAACUUCACCUGGUUCAAGACCAACAAAGAUGGACUCAUGAAAGUAUCUGAAGGAGACUUCUACAGCUUCAAUGUGACAGAUGGAGGAGUUUAUUACUGUGUGGCCACAAAUAAUGUUGGUAAUCAGUCGUCAUCACAGAUCCAUCUGAUUAUUAAAGGUAAAUGCAGGACUUGGGGGGCAGUUCUGGGAGGAAUCAUUGGGAUCAUCAUACUCAUCUGCCUGGGUCAAACAGGUGACAAGCCAGCUGUUGAAGAGCCAGCCAGUAAAGCAGAAGAAGAAAAAGAAGAGGAAGGAGGAGAAAACAUCCAUUAUGGAGAGAUUAAAUUCUGCAAAUUGAGAUCUGAACCAUCCUCUGUACAGGACAGCAUACAGCAGCAGGAUACGGUGUAUGCCCAGGUCAAAGUGUCUGAACCAACAAUCAGCUUAACACAGACUGCUGAGAGUCCAGAAAACCUGUAUGCUCAAGUGAAGAAAAAAUGA